AUGCAUCUUUGGCCAACAAAGAAUCUCAGAGACUCCUUCAAGUUAUCUUACAUUAAAAACCUCGAAUGGAACUACCAAAGAAUGGAAAAGGACCGACAACGUCAAUCAUCAACCCAACAGAAACUGUUGGAAGACGACAACAACAACGUUGUUGACACUCCCCAAACUGGAGUGGCAGCUUCCAUAUGUCAUGAGCUUCUAUUGAUUCUUUCUUGCUGUUACUGUUGUUUCUGCUGCGGUGCUUGUGUUGACGAGAAAUAA